AUGGCAAUGAGUGUGAAACAUUUGGAGAGAUUAAUGGAGGAGUGGCUUAGACCUCUUAUUGAGGCCAGGCAAUGGGACUAUUGUGUUGUUUGGAAACUGGGUCAUGAUCCAUCUAGGUUUAUUGAGAAGGUAGGGUGCUGUUGUAGUGGUGGUUAUGCAAAUGUUAAAGAGGAAGAAGGAGCUCAGCUCUGCAGAGAUGGCUACAUCGAGCAUGGUAUUAAGACUAUGGCGUGUGAAGUUCUGGCUCAGCUUCCUGAUUCAAUGCCUCUAUACUCUGGGGUUCAUACUGAAGUUGUCAUUUCAGACCAACCCAAGUGGAUUUGUAAUGCCUUGGAUUCAGAUCAUUCAGACUCACAAGUGGGUAACUCAGACUCGAAUGGAACCCGAGUUUUGAUCCCAUUGCUGCUCACUGGUCUUAUUGAGCUCUUUACUACAAAGAUUAUUCCAGAGAACCAAAAGAUGUUAGACUUCCUUAUGGAAUCCUUUAAUGUUGCUCUGAGAAAAGAAGUCAUGACUACACAUAGCUAUGCCAAUGUGAAUUUACCUAAUAAGUUGAGUCCUGGGCCUCAUCUUACCUCAAGAAUCCAAUUUGCAUGUCCUAGCUGGGAGGGAUCAUCCAGUGGUUCAAACCCUUCCACUGAACAUCCACCAUUUAACUUCAGUCCUACUCAAGUACGUCCAGAUGGAUAUGUGAAGCCUUCUGAGCAAUCCCCUCUCUUCAGAAAGCCAAAGUGCCGUGACAGCUUGUUGAAGCAACAAGCAAUGGAGAAAGAUAAUGCAAGGGGUGUGAGGAGGACAGGAAGUGAACAUUUCAUUUCCAAGAAUCUCAACGCAGAGAGGAAGAGAAGGUCUAGAAUUAAAGAAGGGGAAUAUGCUUUACGUGCUCUAGUGCCAAAGAUAACCAAGAUGGAUAGAGCUUCUAUUCCAACAGAUGCUAUUGACUACAUAAAAGAGUUGCAGCAGAAGGUGAAGGAACUACAAGACGAGCUGAGACAAAUGGAAGAACAGGACUCUGCAGAGAAGGAAGUAGAUUUAGGGGUUUCGGCACUUGAUAAGAACAAUGGAGGCAACAGCUUCUUGACUUGCACAGACCAAAAGCAGAUCUCUAGCAUUGCCCCAAAAAUUCCGACUGAGGUGCAUUUGGAGGUGUACCAGCUUAGCAAAAAGGAAUGUUUGAUUAAGCUGUUAUGUGAGCACUGCCGUGGUGGGUUUACAAGGUUGAUGGAAACUAUGGAUUGCUUAGGGCUUGAAGUAAUGGAUGCCAAUGUUACCACAUUCGACAGAAGUACCCUAGUCAUUCUCAGAAUAGAGGCGAAUGAGGAUAUUCAAGCAAAGAAAUUGAGAGACUUGCUCAUCCAUCUAGCAAGGGAGACAAAUUAAUUAGACUGUUCCAUUUAUGGAAGAAGCUGACAGCUACAUUAUCAUUGAUUUUGCAUAGUACCAG